AUGAAAACUAAGAAAAUAUUUUUUUUUCUUUUCCUCUCUCCUUCCCUCCUGCCUUCCCCUCUCUCUUUCCCUCCUGCCUUCCCUCCUUUCCUCUUCCUCUUUCCUUAUCUAUCUACCUCCCUCCUCUCUCUUUCCCUUCCUCUCUCUCGCUCCCCUUCUCUCCCUUCCUCUCUCUGCUCCCUUCUCUCCCUUCCUCUCUCUCGCUCCCCUUCUCUCCCUUCCUCUCUCUCGCUCCCCUUCUCUCCCUUCCUCUCUCUCGCUCCCCUUCUCUCCCUUCCUCUCUCUCGCUCCCCUUCUCUCCCUUCCUCUCUCUCGCUCCCCUUCUCUCCCUUCUCUUUCCCUCCAGCCUUUCCUUCCUUCCUUUCCCUAUCUCUCCUCUCUUUUUCCUACCUCUCUCUCCUGCCUAUACCUCUCUCUCUCCCUCCCAUUACCUUAUCUCCUCUCUUUCCCUCCAGCCUUCCUCUAUCCCUUUCCCUAUCUCUCCUUCCUCUCCACCCUCUCUUUUCCUCCCACAUUCUUUCUCUCCUGCCUUCUGCCCUCUUUCCCUCCCACUUUCCCUCUCUCCCUCAGAAGGCUCAUAUUGUAAACAUAUUUGGGGGGGGGGUGGCUGGUAACCAAAGAGUUAAACAUUCUGUUUCCCAUGAUUCAACUGCUUGUUAA